GCUUCCUGCGCUGCGUCCCCAAGCUCCUUGGCUCCGGCAGCCGCACCAGCUAUGGGGUCGCCGCUGCAGACCCUGUCCCGGGGAGGCCGGGUGCGAGCUGCGCUCUGGUGCUGGACACAAGCCCGCGGCCUGAGCGGCCGCCAGUGCCCCAACCGGGUUGCGCGAAGCCUUUCGUGCAGCCGGGGUUUCCCCGUUCGGGGAGGCAGGCCAGCGCUUGGAGGAACCAUGGUCAGCGUGCUCACUGAGAGCUUUCUUCAGGGAACGCAACAUUUCUCCAGCUGGGACUGCUGCCAGAGUCUUCACAGACACCGUGCUCCAGUGCAAGUCACUGAUAGCCGCAGAAACUUGGGGAUGGACCACAGGGAAGAAGGUUUCCAAGUAGGUACAGAGGAUGACAGGGAGCCAAAGGCUUCCCUGCCCAGGGGGAACCCCACAGGGCCCCCAUGCUCGCUGCCACCUGAGCUUGAGCCUCCCACCAACUGCUGCAUGAGUGGCUGCCCUAACUGUGUAUGGGUAGAUUAUGCCGAAGCUCUGCUGAGGCUCUACCAGGAUGGCGGGGAGAAGGCCCUGGCCAUUCUAGAGGAGCACGUGACAGAUGAGAACCUCAAGGCCUUCCUCAGGAUGGAGAUCCGGCUCCGCAUGCAGAGUGGAGCCUGAGCCAUUUUACCCGGGACUCCUUAUCAUGGACAGACACUACCCUUAAGGAACCAGAGGGUCACUUUUAUCCCUGAGUCUGGAAGACUCCACAAGUCUGCAAGGAUUAGGAAUUCUUGUGUAACAACUUCACCUCAGAAUAAAUGAAUCCUCUAUGAUAACCAUG